GCCUAACUCCAUCAUCCAUCCAUCCAUCCAUCGUCUUCUUAACAAUGGCUUCCACUUCUUCUAUCUUCUCCUUCUUCCUCCUUUUUGCUUCUCUCAACCUGGCCUACUGUACUUCCGACCUAAUACUGACCAUCGUGAAUAACUGUCCAUACCCCAUUUGGCCGGCGAUUCAGCCCAACCACGGCCACCCAGUUCUCCAAAACGGCGGUUUCCACCUCGACAAACUCUCCCACCGUUCCUUCCCCGCCCCUCAAACCCAGUGGUCCGGCAGGAUCUGGGCCAGAACCAACUGCAUAUCCUCCUAUGCCAACCACUUAACCUGCGCCACCGGCGAAUGCGGUGGCCGCCUCGAGUGCGCCGGUGCCGGAGGAGCCACACCGGCCACACUCGCCCAAAUCAACAUCCAUCACGGUAACGCUGAUUUCUCGUCGUACGGGGUAAGCCUAGUUGACGGAUUCAACAUUCCUAUGACUGUGACUCCUCAUGAGGGUAAAGGUAAGUGCCCUGUAGUGGGCUGCAAAGAGAAUCUUCUUGCCACGUGUCCGGAUCCGUUGAAGCUGCAUUCGAAAUCGGGAGGUGUGGUGGGUUGUAAGAGUGGGUGCGAGGCGUUCAACACUGAUAAGCUUUGCUGCAGGAACUCUUUCAGUAGCCAGCAAAACUGCCAGCCGUCCAACUACUCGGAUUUCUUCAAGAAGGCGUGUCCGGCCACGUUUACCUACGCCCAUGAUUCGCCAUCUCUGAGUCAUGAGUGCUCGUCACCAAGGGAACUCAAGGUCAUCUUCUGUCAUUAAUUAAUUAGUAAUUAGUUAUAUGUAAUCUCAGUACCCGGACGUUGUCUCUCCCGAUCGAUCUUGUCUUGUCUUAUUAGCUUCGAAUAAAAAUAGAUCGAUCUAUCAGUGUUGUUUUUAUUUGAACAAGUCUGUCAACUUUAACGUUGAUAUUGGUAAGCCAGUGAAAAUAUUAAUCAA